AGGCCCGGCCCCGGGGUCAGUCGCGGCGGGCGAGCGAGCGGCAGCGGCCAUGUCCUUCUGCGCCUUCUUCGGCGGGGAGGCGUUUCGGGGCCACUUCGAGCCCGGCAUUUACGUCUGCUCCAAAUGCGGUUAUGAGCUGUUCUCCAGCACAGCAAAGUACCAGCACUCGUCUCCGUGGCCGGCCUUCACUGAAACCAUUCAUGCUGACAGCGUGGCCAAGUAUGAAGAGCGGCCAGGCGCCUUGAAGGUGUCCUGCGGCAAAUGUGGUAAUGGGCUGGGCCAUGAGUUCCUCAACGACGGGCCGAAGAGGGGGCAGUCUCGCUUCUGAAUAUUCAGCAGCUCGCUGAAGUUCAUUGCUGCAGGUGAGGGCUGCACCCGGAUGGUGUCUCUGGAUCGGAUCUGCCUGGUUGAUGGGGAAACUGAGAACAAGAGGGCUUCAUCCUGCUGCCAGAGGAGUUCUGCAAAGCAAGAAUCAAGGUUCUGAGGGACUUGCCCAAGGGCAGAGAGGGUGCAAGAGCAGAGCCAGAAUUAGAACCAAGAACUUGGUGCAUCCGGCUCGUCCCGCUAGUCACCAGACCACGGAACUUGUGAAAUAUUAACUGUGUUCAUCAAAACGUCCGGUGUGUAAUUAGCAGGGGAUUCCAGAGGAGUGGUGUUGAAAUGCUGACUCCUUGAUUUUGUUUCCCCCUCUCUCAAACAAAGCAGAACAGGCCCUUAAGAAGUAAGCGGGCUGCUGGACUCACUCGCUGCUUAUAGUGGACUCCUACAAGCUACCCAUUGUUUCCUGUGAUAACGGUUUGGGAUCAAGUGUCUGUGUGCUCUAAAUGAGAAUCUAGUGAAGCAAAGAACCUCCAGGCUUCUGCAAUACAACGCCUCCCGUCAGAGAUCUGCACUGAGUGCUGGGUGCUGGUUUGUCGGCUGGGAACAUGAGGUUGGGGGAGCAGAAGGGAAAUGAGGCACUGAUCUCUGGUUCCCUUUGCUCUGUCAGGUGGGUUAUCUCCUCCGUAUAGCGAAUGUUGCACAAUGUGACAACUUCUGCUUUGAACCAUCUGGUUGCAAACUUGUACAUAGUUAGGGCCCUACCAAAUUCACAGUCCAUUUUGGUCAAUUUCACGGUUAUAGGAUUUAAAAAUUUGUGAAUUUCAUGUCAGCUAUUUAAAUCUGAAAUUUCAUGGUGUUGUGUCGGUAGGGCUCCUGACCCAAAAGAGGGUUGGCGGGAGUCACAGGGUUAUUGUAGGGAGAAGGUCGUGGUAUUGCCACCCUGACUUCUGCACUGCUGCCUUUCUCCAGAGCUUGGCGCCUGGCCAGCAGCUGGUGCUUUCUGGCUACCCAGCUCUGACCACAGUGCAGAAGUCAGGGUGGCAAUACUGUAACCCCCCUACAAUAAUCCUGCACCCCCUGCCGCCCAAGUCCCCUUUUGGGUCGGGAUCCCCAGUUUGAGAAACACUGGUCUGCCCCAUGAAAUCUGUAUAGUACAGGGUAAAAGUACACAGAAGAUCAAAUUUCACAGGGGAGACCAGAUUUCAUGGUCCGUGACUUGUCCCCUAAAUGUAGUGAAUGGGGGGGAAGCAAAUGCUGUAUCUCCUUCUCCUCCAUCAGACCCUACUCCCAGCUCUCCCAUGUCCCAAAACAGCCAGCCUCUGCCCAGUACCAGCUACUGAAUUUCUUCUCUCCUGUCCAUUAUAAGUAGCGUGCAUGAUGGGUGAAAUCCUGGCCCUGUUGAUGUCAAUAGGAGUUUUGCCAUUGUCUUCAAAGGAGCCAACAUUUCACCCUUUAUUUCCAGAAUGAAAUACGGAGAUAAUGGGUGGAGAUUUGGAGCCCUUAUGCCCAGAGUUACUGCAUUGAAAUCAGUAGGGAGUGACGCUGGAUGUAACUGAGAUUCGAAUCUGACCCCAUUCUCACAUGCUAUUUUCUGGUCUGGGAUCAUGGUAUGAAUUGCCCUAGGUAAACCCUUCCAGGAUGGUUAGGGUAAGGAUGUUUGGAUGAUCCUACCAGAUAAUGCUCUAGGUAUUUUAUCUGUUUUGCACACAAUAGAAAUAAUUUUAGAAGAUAAUUUGACUUCAUUCUGCGUUGGGCCUGAUUCUGAUCUCUCUGUGUGCUGGUUUUAUUACUGCCUUCGCAGAGUUAUUCUUGAUUUACACCGGAGUAAGAGAGCUCAGAAUUGGGCCCUUUCAGCAAAAACUUGCAUACCUCAGGCUUUGGAAAUCGUGUGUGAAUUACCUCUAGAUACAAAAGGGCUGUUAUAUUUAUUUCCCCUUGAAUCAGCACUUCAUCCUCCCCUUCACCACAAUGCCCAUCGCCGUUCCCUUGGGCUGGAAUGCGCAUAUCUUCCCUUAAACCCUAGACCCUUGUUUGUUCCUUGAUCAGUCCACGGGGACACCAGUACAAAUGCACGACGGGUUUGCUUUCUCCUCCUGGAGUCUCUCCGGCUGUCUCCAUUCUGCUCUCAGUGACGUUAGUGUAACCCCAGAGUAACUCCGUGGGUGGUGGUGGAUUUACGCCACAUUAAGAUCCUGAUCCUACUGCCACUGAAGUGGGUGGCAAAACUUUCACUGGCUUUGGCGGUGUAGGAUCACCACUGACCCUAAGUGAGAUCAGAAUCUACCUCCCAGCUGGACUGGUGCAGCUCCAAGGGCCAUCUUGAACCUGCAUACUUGACGGUAGAGCUCCAGGAAGCCCCCCUUUACCCACAGCAGCCCUCUUAUGGAUCGAAGAUUGGAGGUGCACAGCAUUACGAUGAACUACAGCGCACUAGGGAACUGGGUCCACCCCCAGUGGGCAGAGCACUAAGGCACACUGAUGGCAGUAUUACGGUUCAGCUGCACUGAGGGGCACUUUACAAGCUGCAGUUUGCCUGCUGAGGUGCAGCCCAGGGGUGGAGGGGAGGUGACAGGGACACCGUGCAAAGAACGGGACAUCCCAGCUUAGCACUGGGCCUUUGUGGCUGCUUUGUAUCUGCCUCUGUAAUUGUUGAACUGAUAAUAAACCAUUGAUUCAUUGUC